UCUAAAUUCUUAUCAGCGCCUCGUCAUGAAGCAGUUCACUACUGCAGAUCCCGGGGCUCACCAGCAAUGGGUCACACACCCACGAGGCGAGAGGCCCGAGAUCUUACACCACUGGAUGUCAUCAGACCAGACGGAACCAAUCAUUAGAUUCAGAGGCGCAGCCAUCUGUAGCUCCGAAUCUUCACCAUUGCUGCACCAUAGAAUUUUUCUCGAAUUCGCGGAAGGAGGCUCUCUCUGGUCACUCAUGGAGGCGAGAAGGGCUUUGAAACGCCCAAUUCCCGAAGAUUUUGUAUGGAUCGUACUUAUGAACCUAGUAGAGGCGUGUAUUCGGAUGGAAGAAGUAGGUGUUGUACAUCUGGACAUCAAUCCUCACAAUGUUCUACUCAGUACCAAUCAUGAUCGCCAAGGAGGCCAUUGGCUUGAUGUUUAUCGACCGGUCCUUGCAGACUUCGGCAAAACACAUCCCUUUGGCGAGGCCCUCGGUCCUCACGAUACGGGUAAAUUAGGAUUUACGUCACCGGAACAAUUCGAAGCAGCCAUCGGAAUCUCCAAUAAAUCCAACGAUAAAGUCCACGUAUACGGCAUCGGUUUCACUAUCUGGUGCAUGAUCCGCAACCUUGGAUCCGGUCUUGAGCAAUCACUGGACUCAAACCCUCCUCGCGCAGUGUUCAUAAGCCCGCAAGGUACAAAUAUCAAUCCAGCUCCCCCCGCCUUCUCCCCCGAUCCGAGAAUCACAGUCCGUAACGACGUAGACCUCAACUCCUCGAAGUACUCUGAAGGCCUGGAAUACUUGAUUCAGCAAUGUUUAAUCUAUGACCCAGCUCAGAGGAUCACUUUGGAGCAGCUAGGCGAGAGAGUUGGUACUAGAAUCUUUGAGCGGGGAAUGGAUCAGUCUGCGAGGCCUGCGGACGAGUUUGCGCUCAUGGAUACUUUUGAUGAGAUGUUUGUUAAUGCAGAUGAUGCUAUAGAGGCGUAG